AUGCCCGCAGUGGCAGCCGGCUUGGGUCGGGCGGCCCAGGCUCCAGGAGACGGUCAAGCGGUGGGGCAGGCUCGUCGGCUGCGGUGGAAGUGGAUGGCCACGUACGACCCAGGGCCGUGGUGCCUACGGCCUGUUGAACGGCGACCGAGAUGUUGCUCCACCAACGUCUUGCCCAGCCGGAUGCGGCCGCUCGGCGCACUGUUGGCGGCGCGCGGCAUGCGCGGUGUGUCCCAACCAUUGUUGGGGCACCACUUGUCCCUCGGGCCCGACUGCUUCCCGGGCGAUCCAGACCCACGCCCUUUCGACCACUCUAGCCCGGCGCGCCAGCAGCCCAGAGCGCGGGCAUGCCAGCGCGUGGUCGCCGAGCGCGUCCAUGUGACCCCCGCAUCCCGGCGAGGGGCCGCACUGGCCAGUGAGGGCUACCUGCACAGUCUGCAGUGGCAAUGUCGUCAUUGCGUCACCGGGAAUCGCCGACAGCCAAGAGCAACGUGCGGGCAUCCGGAGCCACGCCAUGUCGGCCCCUCCCCGCUGGAGUGUUUCGACGCAGUGCGCCGCAAAAACCGGGAGCCUUUGCCUAGAUUGGAUGCGAUGCCACAAUGCGCCUCCACUGCCCCGGACGCCGUGUCGAGUGCCGGACGUGCUCUUGAUGCCACCGUGAUGACGCAGAGGUCAUCAAGGAAUGCCAGCAGCUUGUCGGCUGGAUUGCGGUCGCCGGCUGCCCGUGCGAAAGCACCGUGUUGCCUCAAGGCAAACAACGCGGGGGCUAACGGGUCGCCUUGCUCACAGCCUUCGGCCUGGUGGACAUCACGCCUGCGGCCGGCCGCGUCCCACCAGCCAUGGGUGGAGGGGCGACCCGCCACUCAGGAUGGCCGCUCGCGAGAUGCUAUCAUAGGCACGGCGGCCAUCGAGCGAAACGACGACUACGUCCUCGCGCGAGUCCAGCGCCGCUCGGACGGUCGCAACGAUGGCGUCAGUGCCCGCCCGCGACUGGAGUGCGUACUGGUACGGACUGGGAUUGCAGUUGCGCAAGUGGACAUGAAGUGGCUAUGUCGUCCUGCACUCGGGUACUGGAAUGACUUGCGUGUGCUCCACGCAGGUGGCGAGCUGAUGGCUGGCAGCUUGCGCGGCCGGGCUCAGGGCCUGUCAGACCACGUCUUGGACUUCAUCUAUACAUUGACCUUCGCAGUUGGAGUCGGUUUUCACGUCCCUCCAACGAGCUUUGACAGCGCUGUGCUGAACAGCUGCACUGGUGUUGGAUGUGCAGGUGGUGCGUGCGUCGGGUGCGACUGCUGGGGCGCUGGGCUGCGGGUGGCGCGGCGCAUACGGUCUGGUUGGCAGGGCGUGGUGGGGGGCAUGGGGAGCGGACGCCUUGAGAAAUGUUCUCCACUGCUUUGCGAGAGCACGUGCGAUGAGGCGGCGGAAUGCGUCGCCGCGGACCCCGCCGUCAGCCAUCAAUCGGGCCUGCCAACGGCGGCGGCCACUUGGGCGGGCACGCAGGCCCGGGCCAAAUGCGUGGGCCAGGAGCUCCUGCGCGGGGAUAUCUUGCAACAGCAGCUUCAGGUGCUCAGCCCGCAUGCCGGGCCUGGUGCGCCGCCGCGGCGCGCAUCUCGCAGCGCGGACGCCACGGCUUGUGGACUUGCCUGGCACGCGGGACUUCGCCCAUGCGUGAUUUUCGCACGCCCGCUCGCGGCGCCGGGCGUUGGUCUCUUCCCCGUUGGGCUCCGGGGCCGCGUCCUCUGCUCGGGGCAGCUGGCGCGCCUCGCGCAACAAGCGGAGCCACUCGCCCUGCUGGAAUGCCGCCGCGCGACUGAGGAGCUCUUCGCGGCCGCCCGGGCCGUGCUUGAUGGACGGCCGAGCCAGGAGCACGCGUGGCGCCAAAAUUUGUCCUCUCACUGUUUAUGCCACGAGCGCAGGUUCCGGUGCAGGGCUGUUGGUUAUAUGGGUCCGCGAGCGGAAAUGGCGAGCAGCGCGGACCAGCGGGCAACGAAGGCGUUGGCGGCCUACGAAGCGUGCUUCGUUGCCGAUGGGCUCGCUUACCACCUAGCUUCCCAGGCGCAUGUCCACUUCUAUGCAGGCGACCGUGCGUGGGGCGGCGGGACCGUCAGCGAGGGAUCGGUCUGCGUUGUGACCUGGGGAAUGCGGGCCACAGCCUCGGCGCCGCAGGCGGCCACGCGAGCGGCGGCGCGUGCGGCGUGGGUCGCCCGCUGGUCGGGGCUGCUCGCCGUCGCUGCCCAGCGCGCCAUCGCCGCGUGUUUGUUGGAAUUCCCGUUCGCGGAGGGCUGCAACGUCGCCGGGGAGGAGCGCCUCCGUAGGACCUGGGAAGCACUGACGGCCGGACACUGGAUUGCCGGUAGAACGGUGCGCAAAAGGUGCUGCAGCCGUCGUGAGAACCGUCCCGCCACGAACAGCACCCUGAGUCCAGAUCGCUCACUUUCAACCGUGGAGGAGAUGGUCGCAGAUGUGACAUCGUCCGUGCGCCAUCUGACAACAAAAAUGAUGGAGUCAAUCGGGGCGAGGUCCGCGAAGCGGAGCAUCCGUAUGUCGCUGGGGCCAUGCCCAGCGCUUGAGGAGGUGCUGCGCGACGCAGCGCCGCUCGUGCCCAGCCACCUGGGGCUGCUCAGCCUCGGCGAGCUCCAGGACCCACCCGAGCGGUGUGUGCUCGUCGCCGGUAGGCUGCGCCGCCCGGCGCUCUCCAGCAACCGCCCAACAGCGUCGAGGCCAAGGUGCGCUGCAACGCGCAUCCGAGCUGCCCCCACCAUCGGCGCUCCCACCCCGCGCGGGCAGCCGCAGGGAGCGCUGUUGCGCGAGGCUGAGGACGAGGUCGUGCGCCUGUUGCUCCCAUCGUCCGCCGACCUCCGCUGCCAGGACGACGAGGAGUUGCGGGCCCGGGCCGGUUGCGGGCGCCCGUCUGCCCUCAACGGCGCAGCAGAGGGCCUCGCCGCGCCGAGAGGCGCCAUAUACGACGAGGUCGAGUCGGCGCCGGUCAUCUGGGGCUACGCCCGCUGGGGGACCACCCGCGGCGCGAUUGUCGCCCAGCUGGUCCACCACGGCUCGGCAGCCUGGCUCGCCAUGUCCAUGCAACGGGCCGACGCCAAGGGUAGCGGCAAGCGAAGGCGUUUUUGUUUUGCGCCACCUUCAGAAGUAAGGGAGUCGGCGAUCCGUUUUCGCUAUCUUUCGGCGAAGAUCCCGGAACGGGCAUGGGUGCGCGUAGCCGGGAAGCCGGCCAUUAUGGCCAAGCCGGGUAGCGGUGACAUUAUGCUUGUAUCAUCAGAGCUUGCGACCGUGGCUCUUCGGCCAGAAGCGAGUCCGAUUGCGACCAUCAGUCACGCAAUGCAUCCCCCCAAGGUCCGAAUCCCUUGCUGCGGCUCGAUCCUCGUUGCUGAGGCCCGCCGCUCUGGCCUGCUGUUCGAACCCUGCAAGUGUCAGCUCAUCCUCAACCCUGACGCGGCUCAACAUGUUGAUAAUGGCAUGCUGUUGUUCCCUUCCGGCCUGCCCGUCGUUGCCACUCGUUGUGUUUUUGCUUUGUCCCAUUUUGGUGCCAUAGGGCCCGAUGCUUCUGCCAGCACUACAACUCCCAAACCGUCGACAAAACGACCACCUGCUUGGACGCGGUUGCGCCGGUGCCUGACCGAUGCCCUGUGCCCGCACACGACGCAGCCAUGCAUGCAACAGCGCCUGUUUGCCUGUCCCAGCCCGGCCUGCGAGCAGGGCCGCGAGGGUCUUCCACACUUUCACAGCCUCAGCGCCCCACCCGCCCCCGCAAGCUUCGGCAACUACACGGAGGAACGGCAGGCCCUGAGGACGGCACUUGGCGGUGGAGUGCAGGCGUGGUCGCCAAACCUGUCCGCGGUGCCGUGCGGAGAGGGCAAAAGCCGUGAGAGGAAGCAACAGGCAGACGCAGACGAAGUCGGAGAAGAACCCGGAAGAGCUGGGGUUUGA